AUGGACACGGUCGUCGCAGGAGCGCUCGCAGCGUUCACGGUGGAUCUGCUAAUAUACCCCCUCGAUACCCUCAAGACCCGUCUUCAGGCUCCCGACUAUGCUACACGCUUCCCUUCAGGCAGAGGCCUCUACGGCGGUCUCUACCAGGGUGUUGGCAGCGUGAUUAUUGCAACGCUGCCAGCUGCAGGUCUCUUCUUUACAACGUACGAGGAGGCGAAAAGCGCCUUUGCUUCUUCCAGCUCGCCACUUAGCAAUGCACCGCCGGCUCUUUCGCACAUGCUAGCCAGCUCAACAGCCGAACUCGUGUCGUGCCUUGUAUUGACGCCGGCAGAGAUCAUCAAGCAGCGAGCACAAGUCGUUAACAAGCAGCGAGAUCGAGGCGGAGCUUCUACGAGCAGCCGUACUUCUUCAAGCUGUCCAGCGACCACAGCAGCCGGCGCGGCAAAGGAAGUGUUGCAAAAAGCGCAGCCAGGCGAGUCGAAGGCACAGCUAGCCAAGCAGACGGUUGUUCAUGCAGCCGACAAGGUGACCAAGCAGGCUCCUCCGGGCAGUGCUGCGUCGACAGCACGGAACGUGGCUCUGGACGCUCAGGAAAAGUUGCAACAAGUGAGCUCGCAACGUCCCAACAGAUCUACAUUAGCACCGAUAGCGUCAACGUUCGGACGCUCUUACCUAGCUCUGGCGGGUCGCAACUUGCCUUUUACAGCGCUUCAAUUCCCGAUAUACGAGUCGUUGAGAGAACGGUUUGGCGAGUGGGCGGGGCUCAAAGCUGGAACGCACAAGGAAGACGGCGGUGUCGAAGACGUUCGAUCGUCCGAAGAUUUCAGGCGCAAAGCGGCAAGGGACGAGACCAGUGUAGCUGCCGAAUUUGGGAAGGCAGGACUCGUGGCUGGUGGUUCAGCGGCGAUAGCGGGAUCUUUUGCAGCAGUGGUCACGACACCCAUCGAUGUGGCCAAAACGAGGAUCAUGCUGGAUACCGGCUCAGACGCAGCAAGGAAGUCGUUGGGGGUAGUAGCGACAAUGAAAGAGAUUGCGGUCAAGGAAGGGUGGAAGGCACUCAUGAAAGGCGGCGCGCUGCGGGGCGCGUGGACAGCGUUAGGUGCAGGCGUGUAUCUAGGCAGUUACGAAGCUGGUCGUUUGUGGUGGAGAGACAGACAGCAGAGGUCGAAGAAUGCAUGA